UGAGAGGAGGAAUGGCAGACAGCGCUUGCGGCGACGUCCAAACUCCUUCACGACGCGUCUUGCUCGAGGAAUCCAUGAAGACCUCGCUCAAGAUGGAGCUCAAGCACAGGGAUCACGGGCAGCCCACCAGGAACAGGAGGUCGCUGCUGCUGGAAUCGCUCAAGCGAGACAUCACUCGCCUCCAAUCCUUCCAGAAAAGAGUGAGUGAAAAGCUUACGGCCAGCGCCAAUCCAGAGGCUUACCUGGAGAUGACGAACUCCAGCUCCACGAAAUCACCUCCAUCGCCAUCGUCUUCGUGGGAAGAAGUCGACUCCACCGUGGAGUCCGGGGCGGAGCUUGGAGCUGGCGAGUACUUCAUGGACGUGUUCGUGGGAAAUCCUCCGCGGCACUUCCUCCUCAUCAUCGACACUGGCAGUGAUCUCACCUGGCUCCAGUGCAAGCCCUGCAAGGCUUGCUUCGACCAAUCCGGCCCGGUGUUUGAUCCAUCUCAGUCCACUUCCUUCAAGAUCAUCCCUUGCAAUGCCGCGGCCUGCGAUCUAGUCGUCCACGACGAAUGCCGCGAUAACUCCUCCAAGACUUCUCCAAAAACUUGCAAGUACUUCUACUGGUAUGGCGAUUCCUCGCGGACGUCGGGGGACCUGGCGCUGGAAUCACUGUCAGUGAGCCUCUCGGAUCAUCCCUCGUCGCUGGAGAUCCGGGACAUGGUGAUCGGCUGUGGCCACUCCAACAAGGGGCUGUUCCAGGGCGCUGGCGGGCUUCUCGGGCUAGGCCAGGGAGCUCUCUCCUUCCCAUCCCAGCUGCGAUCUUCGCCAAUCGGCCAGAGCUUUUCCUACUGCCUCGUCGACCGGACCAACAACCUGAGCGUGAGCAGCGCCAUCAGCUUUGGCGCUGGAUUUGCCCUCUCCCGGCACUUCGAUCAGAUGAGAUUCACGCCAUUCGUGAGGACGAACAACUCGGUGGAGACCUUCUACUACCUUGGAAUCCAGGGGAUCAAGAUCGACCAGGAACUUCUCCCCAUCCCGGCCGAGAGAUUCGCGAUCGCUCCCAAUGGAAGCGGCGGGACGAUCAUCGAUUCGGGAACCACUCUCACGUACCUCAAUCGCGACGCGUACCGAGCGGUGGAGAGCGCGUUCCUGGCGAGGAUCUCAUACCCUAGGGCCGAUCCCUUCGACAUCCUGGGGAUUUGCUACAAUGCCACUGGGAGGACCGCCGUGCCAUUCCCUACCCUCAGCAUCGUCUUCCAAAACGGAGCCGAGCUGGAUCUUCCGCAGGAGAACUAUUUCAUCCAGCCGGAUCCGCAAGAAGCCAAGCACUGCCUCGCGAUUCUUCCCACGGAUGGCAUGUCGAUCAUCGGGAAUUUCCAGCAGCAAAACAUCCAUUUCCUCUACGAUGUCCAGCACGCGCGGCUCGGAUUCGCCAACACCGAUUGCUCGGCUCUUUGAGCCCUAAAAAUGUAAAUUCUUGCGAAGAACCCUAAUUUAUGUAAUUUGACCUUGGAA